AUGAAAGGAAAACUAUACUCCAAGCAUAAGGACAAGGAUAAUGAGAAGUACGGAGCAGGGGGUAGCUCCCAAAACAUUAAUGCCCUGAAAAGGCUAUCCUCCAAAGUCUUAGGAGAUUCCAUAAACUAUUUCGAUCUGAAUAAAACAUUAGACAAAAUAGAUGAGCAUGUAAAGCAGUACCCCUUUUUAGAUGACAUGGGAAAAAAGUAUGGUAUCAAGCCGUCGUACGUGGUUGUGGGUUUCGGAGGUUUUCUUUUGCUCUCUCUCAUCUUCGGUUGGGGGGCAGCCCUCAUUUGUAACGUAGUUGGUUUUGCCUACCCAGCCUACCAGUCAUUUAAAGCAGUCGAGUCGCAGUGCAAAGACGAAACCAAGUUAUGGUUGACAUACUGGGUGGUCUACUCGCUCUUCUUUUUUUUCGAGUACCUCAUUGACAUAAUAUUAUUUUGGGUUCCUUUUUACUAUUUGUUGAAACUCCUCUUUCUCCUCUACCUGUACAUGCCGCAAGUGAGGGGAGCGGAAACUGUCUACAACUACAUUAUACGUCCUAUUCUUUUGAAGCAUGAGAAAACCAUAGACGACACGGUGCAGAAGAUUAGCCAGACUGCUACUAGCCACCUGACCCAGAUAACGGGCAACCUUACGGAGAAGCUUGUCCAAGAGGGAGUUCGCCGGCGAAAUAUCUGA